AUGGCUACCAAACGAAUUACACAAGAAACUUUUGACGCCGUAGUCAAGGAAAAUAUAGAUGAUUUCGAGAUGGAUGCGGAAGAGGCUGUAGAGGAUGCUAUUAAACAGUUUGAAUCUCAAGGAGUCAAUUUAAGUAAUAUUAUUAAACAAGCAGCAACAGCAUCCGAUGAUCAACAAUCUGGAUCUGAAGCUCGUCAUCCUAUUUUAACUGCACUACAACGUAUACAAGAUAGCUUAAAUAAUCAACUGCAAGAAAAGAAUGAUGAAAAAUUGCAAGAUGCUUGCAAAUUAUUUCAAGAGCAAUCAUGCCAAGGGGCUGCUUAUCGAAAUGUUGCCGCAGCUAACGGCGCUUAUUCGAUCAUGUAUAAACUUUGCCAAAGUGUAAUCAACAAUCCUUCCAGCCUUUCGAUAGCCUUGCGUACCAUGGCUUCACUUAUCGAUGGCCAACCAGAUUUAAUGGAUAAUGUUGGCAUUCAAUUAAUUAUGGAAAUUUUAAAGAUGCACUUCAAUGAUUCGUUAAUACAGCAAACCGGAAUCAACGUUGUUCGCCUUGCGUGUAUUAUGCAUGAAAGCAAUCGUCAAAAAUUUGUUAGCUGUGACUUAAUUGAACACUUAAUUUCGGUUUUACGUCAUUUUACGGCUCAAAUUGCUGUCAUUAAAGAAGCAUGUUCAACACUCCGUACGUUAACUUUAGAUGACGAUAUAAGAGUGCCCUUUGGCAAGGCUCACGAACAUGCUAAAAUGAUAGCUAGUGAAUGUAAUGGUCUUGAACUCUUAAUCGAAGUCAUUAAGUUACAUUACCAAGAUACAACCAUCUAUUGUGAAAUUUGCUCUACAAUUGCUAAAUUAGCGGUUAGGAAUGAAUAUUGCCAACAAGUUGUUGAUUUAGGCGGAUUAAAAUUGGUAACACAAGCCCUAGCAGAAAGAAUGGAUGAAUCGAUGAUUGCCGCAAGAUCAUGUUUUCUACUUCGUGCAAUCUCUGGCAAUGACGAUGUCAAGAUCGCAAUAGUAAAUUCUAGCUGCGUAUCGUUAAUAAUAGCCGCUAUGGAUAGGCAUCCUAAACAUAUGCAUAUUGCAGAGCAAGCCUGUGCAGUUUUCGCAUCACUUGCAUUGAGACAUCCGCAACACUGUGCAGAGAUUAUAUCAUGUGGUGGUGCUGAUUUCAUUUUAAAAGCUAUGAAAAUUCAUGAAGAUGUAGAAAGCGUACAGAAACAAGGAUGCUUAGCUAUUCGUAACAUAGUGGCAAGAUCUAGGGAAUAUUGCAAUACUUUUCUAGAAGCUGGAGCUGAAGCCAUUAUCCGACAAGCCAGACGAAAGCAUAAAAGUUGUGACGAUGAGGCGAAAGCGGCAUUGCGAGAUUUAGAAUGUGCGGUACAAUUAAAGGAAUUAUGGACUGGAUUGCCAACUAAUGGAUAA